GUGCAGUGGCGUUACUCUAAUGUGAAAUUAUACUUACCAAGAGCCUCAGCUCUCUCUCUCUCUCUCUCUCUCUCUCUCAAGCUUCAUCAAUGGCGGCCUUAACCAGAUUAUUCAAGAGAAGACCCUCCAUACCCAGCAAUAGUGAUCUUAUCAAAAACAGAUUUUUCUCUGGUGAACCCUUGGUUGAUUCUCCAUCUUUUGCUCAGAGACUUAGAGAUCUGCCCAAAGAUCUUCCUGGAACUAAUAUCAAGAAAGAAGUCUCUCAACUUAUUGGUAAAACUCCCCUUGUUUAUCUUAAUAAAGUCACUGAAGGCUGUGGUGCUUAUGUUGCUGUCAAACAAGAAAUGAUGCAACCUACUGCUAGCAUCAAAGACAGACCAGCAUUGGCCAUGAUCACAGAUGCAGAAAAGAAAGGUUUAAUCACACCUGGACAGACAACAUUGAUUGAGCCUACAUCAGGAAAUAUGGGGAUUAGUAUGGCAUUUAUGGCAGCCAUGAAAGGGUACAAAAUGAUCUUGACCAUGCCCUCUUAUACAAGCUUGGAGAGAAGGGUGACCAUGAGAGCAUUUGGAGCUGAGUUAAUCCUCACUGACCCUACCAAGGGCAUGGGAGGAACUGUUAAGAAGGCUUAUGAACUUUUGGAAUCCACACCCAAUGCUUUCAUGCUUCAACAGUUCUCUAACCCUGCCAACACAAAGGCGCAUUUUGAGACAACUGGUCCAGAGAUAUGGGAGGAUACUCAUGGUAAAGUUGACAUCUUUAUAAUGGGAAUCGGCAGUGGGGGCACAGUCUCUGGUGUUGGACAAUAUCUCAAAUCCCAGAAUCCUAAUGUCAAGAUAUACGGACUUGAGCCAACUGAAAGUAAUAUACUGAAUGGUGGCAAACCAGGUCCUCAUCAUAUAACUGGGAAUGGGGUUGGGUUCAAGCCCGAUAUAUUGGACAUGGAUAUAAUGGAAGAAGUUCUUAUGGUUUCUAGUGAGGAAGCAGUGAAUAUGGCUCGGGAAUUGGCUUUGAAGGAGGGGCUAAUGGUUGGAAUAUCCUCAGGAGCUAAUACAGUUGCAGCACUUAGACUCGCCCGAAUGCCAGAAAACCAAGGCAAACUCAUUGUGACUGUUCAUCCGAGUUUUGGAGAGCGGUACCUAUCAUCUGUUCUAUUUCAAGAGCUAAGGAAAGAAGCCGAAAACAUGCAGCCAGUCGCAGUUGAUUAGUGCCAAAUAUUACCCAAAAUCUUUCCUUACAGAAACAUCUUGUAAAAAUGUGCUCUCUUGAAGUUCUCAUGUAGUUUUUGUACUUCUGAAUGUGUGUUAAUAUGUGGGAUGCAUGUUCUUGAAUCCUGAUACUCGUUGUUAAGUCUGAACAAUUAGUUGCUAUUUCAGAGAUGAACCUUCUGUAAGAAAUUGGUUCUUAUACUUCAACCUAAACAGGCAUCAAC